GGAAACGGAGGCCGGCGGGAGGGCUGGGGGAAGGGACCGGGGCCUAGAACAACUGCUGACUAAUCGGCGAGCGGCGGCGGAGGAGGAGGGGGUGGCGUGCCGACCGGUCAGCCCGGGUCACGCGCCCGAGGGCGAGCAGAAUGGGCUCGGGGCGCUCGGGUGUCGGCGGGAGGCUAGAGUACCGACUCCCAGCCAAGGGCUCUACUCGGCCUUCUGGGGGCGGGGGGUGCGCUGCGCCCACACAGCCCCAAGACCACCUUUGAUCACCUUCAGACAAGCUAUGCAUGCCAGAGGUCCCCCUGGCCUACUGACCCCGGCCCUGCCUCUCGCCUCCUCCGUCCUGAUGCUGCUCAUGAGUGGCCUGUGGCUGCUGGGAGCCGGCCCCAGCCUUGUCCUGGCCCCAGAGCUGCUGCUGGACCCUUGGCAGGCGCACCGGCUGCUGACACAUGCCCUGGGCCACAAGGCCCUCCCAGGGCUGCUGCUGAGCCUGCUGCUCCUGCCCACAUUGGGCUGGCGGCAGGAGUGCCACCUGGGCACACUGCGGUUCCUGCAUGCCUCCACCCUCCUCGCCCUGGCCUCCGGGCUGAUGGCUGUGCUGCUGGCAGGCCUCGGGGUGUCCAGUGCAGCCGGGGGCUGUGGAUACAUGCCUGUCCACCUGGCCAUGCUGGCGGGGCAGGGUUACCACCCUAGACGGCCCCGUGGGGCACUGCCACCAUGGCUCCUGCCGUGGCUGCUGCUCGCCCUGACACCACUGCUCAGUUCCGAGCCGCCCUUCCUGCAGCUCUUCUGCGGCCUCCUGGCUGGCCUGGCCUACGCGGCUGGGGCCUUUCGGUGGCUGGAGAUCUCUGAGCAGCGGCUGCAGGCACUGCAGGAGGGUGUCCUGUGCAGGGCCCUGGCGGGGUGCUGGCCACUCCAGCUCCUUCCCACCCCAGGCAGCCAGGGUGAGCUGCCUGUCACCCAUCCUGCCGGAGUGAGGCCACCCACCCCUGGACCUCCUUACAUGGCCUCCCCUAGCCUCUGGCCCCUCAGCGAAGGCUCAGCCCCGCUCCCGCCAGGCCUGGGGCCUGUGCAGCCGCUCUGGGAGGGCUCCUCAGAGGUGGGACUGGCCUGGUCUGGGCCCAGCUUCCCCCCAGGGACCCCGCUGUGGGCAGCCCUGGACGAGCAGAUACUGCAGAAGGGGAUCCAGGCCUCGCUCCUUGAGGGGCCAGCCCAGGGUCCCGAGAGCCCACUCCGGCUGCCUAAGUCCUCUGUCUCCUCCCUGCGGCUGCAGCAACUGGAGCGCAUGGGCUUCCCCACGGAGCAGGCGGUGGUGGCCCUGGCAGCCACGGGCCGUGUGGAGGGUGCCGUGUCACUGCUGGUUGGUGGGGAGGUGGGCACCGAGGCGCUGGUGACUCAGGGGAGGGGUGGGCCCACCCACCCUGAGGGUCCUGGGCCCCCCUAGCACAGGCAGGCUCUCAGGUGAGAAGAAGCCUGGCCUGUGGGUGGGAAGUCGGAGCCCAGCCCUGUCUGCUGAGAGUCAGGGCGGGUUUAGGGGCGGCCCCCCAGCAUCCUGCCCUGGUACUGUUUAGAAUAAAAACCA